AUGCAGAAAGCGGACGAGGUUCCAAAAGGGGGCAGGAAAGGCCUCCCGGCCCUCCCUCUCCCUUCCCCUGUGCUGCCGCCGCAGGUUCACCGAUGGGAUCGGGUUGUUUUUGACACGAAGGCAAAUGAGCCUCUGACCACAGCACCCGGCGGCACCUGUGGGGGCCCGGUGGACUUGGUGUUACCAUGCCAACCCCGUGACAGCUUCUCCCCGGAGCACCAUUACCAGGAAGUGGUGGUGCCUGCCAGGCUGUCGCGGCAGCCUGCCACUCAAGGGAUCGUCGAGGGAAACUGGCUCAAAUCCUACCCGCUCUUGGAAUCUGCUUCCCCCACCUUGCAGCACGGAGUAGAAUUCUUUUUUGAGGAGCGGGGAUGGUUCCUCCUGCCCGCAGCCUGGUGGCUGAAGAUGGACGGCGACCGCAGCGGCGGUAUCGCUGCGUUGAGAGCCUUCCUCCUCUUUCUCCUCGUCCUGUUCGGCUUCCUGAUCACCCAGGGCGGCGGGGAAAACCAGACCUCAUCCUCGACGAACCUGACCUCCGCCUCGAUGAACCUGACCUCCUCCCUGACGAACCUGACCUCCGCCCCGACCAACCUGACCUCUCCCCAGGUCUGCCACAGUUUCCGGUGCGUGGGUGAGAUGUGCUACCAGGAGGACAGGUUCGCCAACCAGAGCGCGACCUGCUCGGCCAACGAGUCGUACUGCGAGCUGUACCGCUUCAGCCCCUCCAACUACUCCGCGCGCUGCAGCGGGAACUGCGAGAGCAACGGCACGGUUCAGUGCCCGGGGUCCAAUGGCACGGCCGGCCAGCCGGCUCCCUGCACCCUGGAGUGCUGCCCCCAACCCUUCUGCCUCAAGCUCAACGCCUCUGCCUAUGGGGACAAGCUGCUCACCACUCCCGCUCCCACGACCUCCACCACGCCGGCACCCAGGAAAAACGGGAAAGUGUGCGUGUCCUUCUCCUGCCAGGGAGAGAACUGCUUUAAAGGGCAGAAGACGGAAGCUGCCUGCAACGUGGGCUCUAACUUCUGCGAGAUGAAGAAGACGCAGAAUGGCUACGAGGCUGGCUGCAGCAAAGCCUGCAAGAUGGCCACCCCAAUCUGCAACCAAGGGGUGAAGCCCCCCUGCUACCAAGAGUGCUGCCAACCCACUGCGGCCAUGCCCAGCUGCCUCAAGCUGGACGGAAGCCUGAAUUUGAUCGGGUCGGCGGCGGCGGCCCAGAACCGCCUGCUCCCGCAGGUCCUGGCCGCGGUGGCUCUCUUCCUCGUUUCCUUCCUGCUUCCGUAGAGUGCGUUCCCAGGGUGUCGGGGGCUACGGAGAGGUGCCUCUCCUCUGAUGGGGGGUGCCCAGAUAUAGGGGGAGACCUCCCCAGAAGACCUGCUGAACCUCCUGUCGUCCAUCUUCCCGUAGCUCCGACCUCGCUCCUAGACGGCCCCGAGGGGAAACCCUAGCCGGGGGUCCUGUUCCAACCCUCUUUUCCCUCUCUGCUCCCCACCCCCGGCUCCCUCUUCUCACCCCAUUUUCCCUCCGUCCCCCAUAGUCCAAGCUCCGACCUGCGGCUGCUCUGAUGCCACUGAAAUGACGGAGGUGUCCUAGGCAAAGAAAGGGGAUGGGGUGG